AUGGAUGUUUUUAUUGAUCUGCAGAAUGUGAUUAUCGGUGGAUUAAGUACAUUUCAUGAUGUGUUCAAUGUUACAUGUCGUUCAACUGAACAACCACACAACAACUGUGGUAUAUGCAAAGCAUGUCUUGUUAAUCAACAACUACAUUUUUCAAAAGAAUGGUGGUCAAGAAGUGGCGAUUUAACAAGAAGACGUUUUUUAUUGGCACUGAUUAGUCGGAUCCGACCCGAGUUACUUGAACAUUUAGCACAAAUACUUAAACCAUUUGUUGAAUCAAAAGAUUUUACCUAUGCUCGAAAUAAAUUUUUACCAUCAAGCGUCCAUGAUCGAUUUGGAACUUCCGGAGAUCGUUGCUUGGAUCCGUCGAAAGUUCAUGAAGAUUCAGUGAUUAUCUUAAAUUGGUUUAAAAGUCAAGAUAAAUAUACCCAAUGUUCAUUUUUGUUAACUAUAUUACAAUGGUGUGAAUAUCAUCUCAUAUUUGCUGCAGCAAUGACAAUUAUAUCUAUACAAGAAAUAGAUUCUGAUGAUGAAGAUGAUGUUGAGAAUGGAACGUCAAAAUCAAAACGUCUAGUAUUAUCAGCAAGUAGUGCACGAAAUAAUAUUGGUACUUCUAUACUUAAAAAUGAACGACUUUUGCGUCCCAAAACAGCAUCAGCCGCUGAUUCUCGACAAAAAAGUGUCACAAAUGUUUCAUUUGCAUCAAUGAAUGAUAGUAGACUAGCUGAUGAGGAUUCUGAAACAGAAGGAUUUACAAGUACAACGAAUACACAAUUACACGUACCAAAAUACAAAGAUUUUAUACGACAAUUGCCCAUCUAUUUAGCUAAACAAAUUUUACAUUUGUUGGAUAAAAAAGCAUUGAAUCAAUGUAAGCUGGUCACACAUUAUUGGAAAAAAUUAACUAUCGAAAUAGACGAUGAAAUAUUAAUGAAAAAAUUAUUACUUGAUGAUAUGAUGUUACUUCAGAGUACAGUUGCUCAUCAAUGUAAUCCUCGAUUCGCCCACGAUACACUUGUUCCUGUUCCCGAUUGUUAUUCACAAAUCAGUAUACCAAAAAAAGAUAGUGAAGAUGCAUCACAAACAAAGGGAACUAAACAAGUUGUUUGGAGCAAUCUUUAUACACAAGCCGGUUUGCCUAUUCGACUUGUUUUAAUGGAAGAACGAAAUAUUUAUUGUGGAUCAUAUAAUGUUCUUCUUUUAAAAGACAAUCGUGAUCAUCGUCGUAUUGUUAAUAUGAGUGGUGAAUCAAUGGUUGCAAUAGCUUCUCGUGAUAGUCGUGUUCGAUUUAUUGAUAUGAAUACCGCCCAAGAACGACCACUUGUACUAGUUGGUCAUGUAGCAUCUAUUCACUGCAUCUAUAUGCAAGAAUCAAGAAAAAGAAUAUUUACGGGAAGUUAUGAUCUAACUGUUCGUUGUUGGAGUCUUGAAACUGGUCGGUGUAUCAAAUUAUUUCACGGUCAUGAACGUACAGUGACAUGUCUAUCGGUCUAUUUUGAUUUGAUUGCGGCAGGCGGAAAUGACAAUUGUUGUUUAGUUUGGCGUUACAAACGACGUCGUCCAUGGAGAACAUUUAAACAUAAACAUCCGGUGACUGCUGUGGCUAUUAACGAUGAUAUGACAAUAUCAGGAGAUGUUCAUGGGAAAAUAAAACUAUGGCACAAUUUAAGUGGAAAUUUAAUAAAGAUUCUCAAACAUCGUUCUUGUAUAACAAGUGUUAAAUUUGACAAAUGGCAUAUUGCAAGCGCAUCACACGACACCUACGCCAGUUUAUGGUCAUCACAAGGAAAUUUUAAACGACCAUUAUGUACAUUUAGACAUCCAAAAGAAGUACUAUGUAUGGAAUUUGCUUAUCUCCGAUUAUUAACUGGUUGUGCUGAUGGAAAAAUUCGUAUAUGGAGUGUAUUGAAUGCACACUGUCUUCGAGUUAUGAGAGGAAACAGUUUGUCUGAUCCGGUUGUUAGUCUUAUCGCUACACCAAAUCGAAUAUUAAUAAAUACCGAAAAUAGUUUAUUAUUAAUGAAUUUUGAACAAAUCGAUUUUGAUUAUAAUCUAAAAGAAGAUUCAGCAUCCGCUAUGCAUUUAAUUCAAUCAGAAAAUACGAAAAAACUUGAACCUGUCCGUCCAUAUUCUGUUACACGAGCAAGACGCGCUGAUAGUAUACACGCAUCGUCAAGACGUUUAUUUGAAGAUAAUACGUCGACACAACCAUCGCAUAGUACAGGACUACUGAAUGCGAAAGAGUUUAAGAGAGCGAAAAAAGCACAAACUCGACCACAUCCAAUAUCAUCUGCUCGUUCAAUAUCGACGAAUAAAAGUCGUGUCCGACUUGACUCAAGAACAACAAAUACUGAUAUCGAAGAAAAAUAUUCAAACAAAAAAUCGACAACAAAUGAGCAGAGAUCAUUGAGUGAACAAACUGGAAAUGUUAAAAUCUUGUUUGAUAACGUCGAUGUCGGUUUGGAUUUGUCGUUAGAUGAAACAAAAGAACUGCUAAAACGUCAAAUGAGAAUGGGUGAAGGAAAAUUACCUGAAGAAUUCCGCACAAUGGUCGAAUUUAUUCGACAAUCACCGUAUUAUAGAAUACACUCCAGUCAAGAUGAUAAUAUUUACCUUGAACAUAACAGUUUGAAACAAACCAUCAGUAAUCGACCACCAUCAUCACCAAGUAAGAUUGAUACAAAAGUCAAGUUAAAACAACAUCAAACACAAAAGCGAGUCGAACAAUUGAAAAUCGGCUUUUACAAAGACGAUGCUGAAGAAGAAAAGAGACGUCAAGAGUAUUUACAACUUGAACGUGAGGAAAACGAGCGAAAAAAGGAGAAACUGCCAGUAUUUGGUCAUUAUGAAAUAAUUUAUCGUCGACCGGCUCAAAUGCCGCGAUCAAACAAUGAAUUUGAACGAAGUAUGAUAAGUUUUCACAGAGUAAAUGAUAAUGAAGAAAAACGGCUUAGAGCACAAUCGGCUAGACAGCCUGCGACACAAUUACCAGUACCAGUAAAACGUCAAAUUCAUACAAGCGAAAGUGAAAAUCGUCAAUUAUCAUCGUUAGACAGUGUAGCUGGCAUACAAUUAAAAACAACAUCAAUUCAUGAAAAAAUAGUUAAACAUGGUCGAACAACGCAUACAGUGAUCGUUGGAUACGUUUCACCUUACACAUCACCUCUAAGACGAGAUCAAUUAAAUUUGAAAACAUUGGAAGAAGUUGAACAAACCAUAAAACAAAUAAAAGAUAUUCAACAAAAAACUAUUCCAUUGAAAUACUCGACAAUUCAAACGUAA